AUGAAUGCCAAAGGAGUCACCCUUCGAGCUUUUGAGCAGUUCAGGCUCAAGUCAUGCAUUGACUUCAAGCCCAGGGAUUCUGAGAAAUACUACAUUUCUGUGAAAAAACUCAUUGGCUGUUACUCGUAUGUGGGGCGGAUAGCGGCCAAUGGACAGGACCUCUCCAUCGGACAAUACUGUGAUGGAAUUUCCACGGUGGAACAUGAGUUUCUUCACGCCCUUGGAUUUUACCACGAACAAGGAAGAGAGGACCGAGACCACUAUGUGACCAUUGCAUUUGAAAACAUCCAAAAAGGUUAUGAGAACAAUUUCCAAAAAGAGAAGAACAGCAUCACCCAGGGAGUCCCUUAUGACUACUGGUCCGUGAUGCAUUAUGGGAAAAAUGCAUUCAGUAAUGGAAACGGCUCAACAAUUAUCACCAACGACCCCACCUUCCAGGAUGUGAUCGGCCAACGACUGGAGAUGAGUCACAGGGAUGUGCAGGAGCUAAACAUGCUCUACAAGUGCAACUCCAGCAUUUCCUUCUUGAUGUACUGUGGCUUUGUGGAUGGCGCCAUGUGUGAGAUGACUAAGUGCUCUCAGAGUGGACUCAAAGGCUGGCAAAUGAUGUCCCAGGUUGCCGGCGGUCCCAGCUCUGACCACACCGGUCUGCCCAGUGGUGGGUCACACUGUAUGCAGCCAGGUUACUUCAUGCAUGCCAGCACGGCGUCAGGCAAGGAAGGGGACUCUGCUUGGCUGGAGACCCGCAGGGUAAGACCCAGCAGGGAAUGUCACAUCCAGUGCCUCCAGUUUUAUUACCACCACACUGGGAGUCAGUCGGACCAGCUGAACAUUUGGAUGAGGGAGUUCGACCAUGAGGACGAUGUGACAGGACGUCUCAGCCUGGUGGGACAGAUCACUGGUACCACAACAUCUCAUUGGCAGAUCCAACAUGUCUCCCUGAACGGCAACAAGCAUUUCCAGGUGGAGUUUCAAGUCCGGAAAGGUGCAGGGAAAUCUGGAGGCGGCUUCUCCCUCGAUGACAUCAACCUGUCAGAGACAGAGUGCCCUCAUGUGACGCUGCAGAUCAAUGACAUGGAGAAGCUUCUCAGCAGCAGCUUGUUUGGAACCACCAUAUACAGCCCCAGGCAGUACUCAAGUGGGGGCUACUCUUACCGCAUAGGAACCUCACUCUAUAAAACAUACAUCGGGGUGUUUAUGCAGCUCUUGAACGGAACUCGUGACGACAAGCUGGAGUGGCCUUGCCCCCAUCGACAGAUGACGGCCCAAAUGAUCGAUCAGAACCCCGAAAUCCAGCUGCAAAUGUCAAAGCAGAGAAGCCUGACCUCUGACCCGAACAUGACGUAUCCGAAUGGCACAUACGUUUGGGACAACCCCCAUAAGAAUGGCUUCACAGAUGUCGAUGAGAACAAUAAGACAAUCUUCGUCAGUCGGAAGCUCGGCUGGUCCUACUUUGCCACUUUGGAACAAAUGAAGACCAGAGACUUCCUCAAGGGAGGAAGCGUCGUUUUGAGCUUCAGCUUCGAAGACAUUUCUCCUCUGGUGGGUGGACAUUCUCUGCCAUGUCCCAAAGUUGGACCAGUGGCCAUCACACAUCCUCCUAAGGACCAGGAUGAAGCACCAUGUUCUUCACGCAUUGCAACCACCACCACCUCCACAAGCGUUGCAACCACCACCACCCCACUUCCUGUCACCACAGAUGACCCAAGAGAACCCACAACCCUUCCUGUUCCUCUCUCCACAGACGACAAAAGCAUUUUUGGCUUCUGUCCCGGCAUGGCAUCAUCCCCGGCCCUCAUCUUCUUGUUGAUCCUGAUGCUUGUAAUGCAUUGA